UCGAUGAUAUAGAUGAAAUAGUUUCACCAAUAAAUAUGUUUUUUUGCGACCAUGACACUCAGAGAUACUUCGGGAAAAUUCGAAAACAUUUCUGUUAAAUUUAUCAAAAAGCUCAUAUUCUAUUCCUUAAUCUACUUAAUUGGUUACCUGAAUUGCUCACUGACAUGGUUAUUUGUGCCUGCAUUGCUCAGUACUCUUUCAGAACAGUAUAAAAACAGGCAAAGAAGGAAGAGGUAUUUCUCGAAAGAGGCAGCUUUAGGCAAUGAAAAAGAGGUUAUUCUGGAACAUUUUGGAGAGCUACCCUCUUGGGUAGUUUUUCCGGAUGUCGAACGCGCAGAAUGGGUAAACAAAAUCGCGAAACAAUUUUGGCCCUUCGUAAAUUACUACGCCCGAGAUCUAGCGAAAAAUUACGUGGAAAUUAAGCUCAAAAAAAAUUUGGAAAAGUAUGGUCUCAAGGGCUUUCAUUUCGAACGGGUCAUUUUAGGCAGCACGCCCUGUAGAACUGGUGGAGUUGUGGUGUAUGAUAACGUAUCUAGAGAGGAAGUUAUAAUGGAUGUUGAUAUUUCAUAUGCUGGUGACUGUGAUAUAAAAUUCCGUCUUAGGGGUCUAUUAGGAGGAAUAAAAAACUUUCAGCUUUAUGGAAAACUUCGCAUUGUGCUCAAACCGCUGCUUCGCCAUUUUCCGCUAGUAGGAGGCAUACAAGUGUUUUUCCUCAACAAUCCGGAUAUAGAAUUCGAAUUGGACGGCAUAGCCGGAAUCUUGGACGUGCCUGGCAUCAACGAAUCAUUAAGAAAAUGCGUCUGUGAUACGGUGUCCUCGUUAAUGGUAUUACCGAAUAAAUUUCCCAUUAAAUUUAGUAAAGAAAUCAGUAGUGAACAGCUGAACACUCCCAAUCCGGCCGGUGUUCUUAGGGUGCACUGCAUAGAAUCUAGAGAUCUAGUCAAAAAAGACAUCACUUUUACUGGAAAAAGUAAAUCUGAUCCGUACGCUGUUCUUGUGGUGGGAGACCAAUCUUUUAAGACUGAAACAAUACCGGCGGAUAUCAAUCCAAAAUGGGACUAUUGGUGUGAGUUUGUUAUUCUAGAAUCAACUGGACAAGAGCUGGUGAUAAGCGUGUGGGACGAAGAUCCAACUGAUGAUGAAUUUUUAGGAAGAGUAGCAGUAGACGUAGCCACUCUGAUAAAAUCAGGACUUAGUGACAUGUGGCUGAUGUUGGAAGACGUCAAACAUGGUGACAUUCAUUUGAGGACAUCUUGGUUAACCUUAACUACAGACUAUGACAAUCUAAAAGGGGCCUUGUACGAAAGUCAACAAUUGCAGCUCUCUCAUAUGAGUUCGGCUCUAUUGAUAGUCUAUAUAGAUUCGGCGACAAAUUUAAAGCAAGUAAGGGCUUCCACGAAACCGGACCCCUACGUUCAACUCCAAUUGGGCAGGCAAAUCAAAACGACGCAUUCAGUGAUGAGGACCGUCAGUCCCGUCUGGGAGGACAGCUUCAUUUUCAUGGUGUCCAAUCCAGAUUCUGAUUAUCUCAAUUUGAAAAUAUUCGACGCUAAAACGGAUGCGGAACUGAACGAAAUCAGUUUCAAUUUGAGCAGUCUUUGCGACAAGGAGAACUUGGAGAUUGAACAGGAGAAGCUUAGAUUGGAAUACGGGAGGAACGAGUGUCGAUUAAUUUUGUCGUUACAUCUAAAGAUAUUCAACAACGAGCACUUUGAAGAAUAUCUAGAAAAACGACCGUCAUCAAGAUUAUCAUCAUCCAGCGAAUGUACCGUUGAAAAAGAACAUUCGGAUUCAGAAUCCAUGUCCAGCGACAGUACCAAAUAUUCUAGUCACAGUACUCGUAGGAGUCACUCCUCUCUCAGAUCCAGCGGAUCGAUUAACAGAAUGUCGCAAGAGUGUUUUGGAGACAUAAAUCUUACGAUGCGAUACAGUUUGCAAAGGCAGAGAUUAAUAGUUGUUAUUCACAGAGUUAGUAAUUUAUGUUUUGAAGAUCCGACUGAAUAUAAAGAUAUUUAUGUAAAAUUAUACAUAUUACCUGGAAAAUGUAAAGCGACGAAAAGGAAAACUAAGGUACUAAAAAACGUUCGAGAGGCGACUUUCGAUAAACGCUUCGAAUUUCUAGUUGCUCAAAACGAAAUAAACGAUAAGUACCUCGAAAUAUCCGUUAUUGAAGAAAAAGUCAUUAAAAACGAAAUCUUAGGACAGGUAAUAGUCGAACUAAAAGAAAUCAGCUUACCGUUCACGGGGACCUUCGAACUGGGACCAAGGCUAAGGAGAGAUUGACAUUUUUUGACACAAAUUGUACUAUUAUAUUAGUAUUUUAAAGUAUUUAUUAAAUUACAUAUGUUAACUAUU